GCCCAGUGGACGAUGCAAUGGAAGCAGAAGAUGUGUCGACUCUAUAAUUUGAAUUUCAGGAUAUCGACAUAGAACCACCCUUAUCUAUGCUUGUGUGGCACAAAGUGCGAACAUUAAGUCAGAGCUACUCCCAAGAGGGUGUCUGAAUUAAAAGAAGGGUCCCGUCUACGUAGGAAUUCACACCUCUGGAGAGUUAGCGAGCAGAGAAGGGGUGGGUGUUUCCAAGAGCCUGUUAAAAGAUGGAUCGAGUUCCAUCUCUCCCAUUCCUGUUGCGAGAAGCCCAAAGGCUGAGGAAGAGCUGGGAAUCAGCAAAGAAUUUCUAAACCAGAAACCAAAGCGGUGCCAUGGCCCAGCUUCUCCAGUUCGAGGUGACCUGCCCCAUCUGCGAAGACUACUUCCUCGAUCCCGUUUCCAUCUCUUGCGGACAUAACUUCUGCCAAAAAUGUAUCACCUUUUGGGUGGACGAGUCUUCAGAGGAACUGUAUCCGUGCCCCGUUUGCCAGAGACUCUUCAGGAGUGGGAAGGUCCGACUGGCGAAGCGUGUUGGGGCUCUGACCAAACUCAUCCAGCAACACGGGGCUCUCCUGGAGCAGAGGUUGAUCCUGAAGGAUCAGAUCUGGAGAUUCGGAGUGGAUGUGACGCUGGACGCAGACACCGCCCACCCGCUCCUCAUCCUUUCCGAAGACCGGAAGAGUGUGACCCACGGAUUCCUGAUGCAAAACCGUGACCCCAGUCCCAAAAUAUUUAACCGCUCCCCUUUCGUCCUGGGGAUUCAGAGCUUCACCUCUGGAAAACAUUUCUGGGAGGUGGAGGUGGGAGAGAAGACUGAAUGGGUGGUGGGGGUGUGUAAGGAAUCGGUGAGCCGAGGGGAGAAAGUCAUGCUAUCCACUGAGACUGGAUUCUGGGUCUUUGGCCUUGACAGGCAAAAUGAAUACAUGGUCAGCACAAGUCCCAGCAGCCACCUUCAUGUGAUCGAAUCCCUGUUCGGAGUGAGUAUCUUCCUGGAUGUGGAGGCAGCCGAAAUCUCAUUUUACAACGCCUCUAAUGCGAAGCACAUCUAUACAUUCACUGGCAUCCCUACCUCUGAACCUCUGCAUCCUUUAUUCUCCCCAGGACGCCAACGCGGAAGCGAAAAUGAGGCUCCUCUGACAAUCCGUCCAGCCCUGUGUGAGGAUUGACCUUCCUCUGGUGAUCCCAGAGGACAGUAACUCACCUCUGCUCCUGGGGAUAGGAAGUCACUCCCCACUUCCAAGGGGCAGGUUUUAAGGUCAGAGUUGGGUUUGUUUUUAUUUUGUUUUGGGUUUAAUUUCUCAUGAGCCAGUGGGAGACUCUCAGGUGCUUCCUUACGUUCUUUAGGUUGAUAACCAGGACGGCGUUUCAACCAUCUCUCCAUCAUCCACGUUCUCGGUCAGGCGUGGGGAGAGAAAUCUGUGGCGUGGAUCAUGGCGACACCGUGCGCUAGCACAAUCACGGCAAACUCAUUCUGCUGAGUGGGCUGGUUCUGUAGUUUGACAGUCAGACAACCAGUAAGAAAACAGCCAGAGAACAACACAAGGGACAAUGUUUUUGUGUACAUAAUGUGGCCCCGGGACUGUGAGUCCAACAGUGACCUUUUCGGCCACACUCACUUGUAUGUGAACUUCUUCAAACACCAACGGCAAUUAUAAGUAACCACUAAGCAAUUA